CUAGAUGGUGGUUUUGCAGAGUCAAAUAUGGGAUUACUACCUGUAGGUUUAUUAGUUGGUAAAGCUCUACUAGAUAAUAUAGCUCGCCGUACAGCUCCAACACAGGUUGUUCGGACAUCUGCUACAAUAGGUACCGUUCACAAUGUUCGAAGCAGGAGGCAUGCAUCUUCGGCAUCUAGCGCGAAUCCUUUCGAAAAAGAACAGAUGCUACAGCGGAUUGGAGGUACAAGUAUAAGACGAUCGCAUGCGCAGAUUGAACGAGAAAAACAACUAUUAGAGGAAGCUUUACCAAACGAAAAUUGGAUUGCUGUAUAUCGGUACCCAGGCAUUCGUUUUGCUGUAUUGCUAGCUCGAGCGAAGUUGUUACAAACUGUCGCUAGUGUGCUUUUCUUGCCGUAUUCUUCUUAUCAGUAUGCUUUUGGUCAAGUUGACGCUACAUUUUUCUACUCGACUGCUUUCGUUGCUGUAUUUGCCCCAGUUGCUCUAGCAGUGUUUAGCAGGUACUUAAAUCGACUAAUUGGAGUAAUCGCAAUGAACGAAAGCAACGAUUACGUCAGAAUUGGGUAUCUGACGUUUUGGGGAUCACGAAAAAACAAAUAUCUAGAAAUAACGGAUGUCCUGCCAUUGACCGAAGUAUCGGGCAACAAAAAGGACAGUGUUAUAAAGUUCUCGUGGUUUGGAGGAGACAACUUCCUAUACCUGCCUACGAGGAAUGUAGAGAUUGUUGAUGAGAAGAGGGCGGAGUUGCUCUUCGGAGAUAUCAGUGUAUUUAAU